AUGAUGCUCAGCAACUCAAUAGCUCGUUCGUUUAGGCAACCACUGUUGUCCUCAUUACAUCUGAGGGGAGGUGCAUCAGCAGUCAAUACAUUGCGAUCAACGACAACAGCAUCUUGUGUAACAGCAGUAUCAACAUUGAGAUUGGGCUCAACAUUGAGACGAUUCACAACUACUGCCGUACCCAACACCAAUACAAAUGGCGACUCGGCACCUGAUGUGCCACACGAGCCAACACCAUUCCUCUACGAUGAGAUCAAGCCAGAGCGCAAGUUCAAACUGUCGAGAACAUUCGUUGAGCAGUACAGAGAGCGCGCUGCACCAUUUGGCUUUGGCGUGCUGGGCGAGUUGGUCUAUCGCCGCACAUACUCGCGUCUCAAGGCCGAUGGAAACAAUGAGCAAUGGUUCGAGACUGUGGAGCGCGUCGUCAACGGCACGUUCAACAUGCAGAAGCAGUGGAUCGAGCGACACGGACUGAUCUGGAACUCAACGACCGCGCAGCAGUCAGCGCAGAACAUGUACGAGCGCAUCUUCACGAUGAAGUUCCUGCCGCCCGGUCGCGGUCUGUGGGCAAUGGGCAGCCCGCUGACAGAAGAGCGUGGCCUGUACGCCGCGCUCAACAACUGCGCCUUUGUGUCCACUGAGCACAUGAGACGAUUCCCAUCCAAGCCGUUCAUCUUCUUGAUGGACGCCUCAAUGCUGGGCGUUGGUGUGGGCUUUGACACAAAGGGCGCAGGUACAAUGGUCGUCAAGGGACCAAAACGCGAUAAGACAACAACAUUCGUUAUACCCGACUGUCGCGAGGGCUGGGUCGACUCUGUGCGCAUGCUACUCGACUCUUACUUCCUGAACCGACCCAAGGUCGAGUUUGAUUACAACAUGAUUAGAAAGGCUGGCGAGCCCAUCCGUGGUUUUGGCGGUCAGAGCUCUGGCCCAGAGUCCCUCAAGCUGCUACAUCUGUCGAUCGCAGAGUCAUUGGACAAGGACCUGGACAAGCCCAUCAGCGUGACGACCAUCGUCGACCUGAUGAACCUCAUUGGUCGUUGCGUAGUCUCGGCCAACACAAGACAGACUGCCGAGAUUGCAUUUGGCGACCCGUUCAGCGAGGAGUACAUCAACUUGAAGAACUACAAGGUCAACCCACAUCGAGCAGACUUUGGGUGGACGAGCAACAACUCGGUGUUUGCCCCACUGGGCAUGGACUACAGCAACAUCUCGGAGCGCGUGCUGGACAAUGGUGAGCCUGGCUUUGCAUGGCUGGAGAACAUGCAGCGAUUCAGUCGCAUGGACUCAGUCGAUGGCGACAACAAGGACUUUAGGGCCGUGGGCGGCAACCCAUGUCUCGAACAGACGCUCGAGUCGUUCGAGGUGUGCUGUCUCGUCGAGACAUUCCCCAACAAUCACAAGAGUCUGGAUGACUACCUCGAGACGCUCAAGUACGCUUUCUUGUACGCCAAGACCGUGACACUGGGCAAGACUCAGUGGCCCGACACCAAUCGUGUGCUGCUCAGGAAUCGUAGGAUUGGCUGUUCAAUGAGUGGCAUCGCUCAGUUCAUAACAGAGAAGGGAUUGAACGAGCUGAAACGAUGGUCGACCGAGGGCUACAAGGCCAUCCAAGAUGGAACAGUGUCGCUACUGGCUGGCGCCACACCAGGCAUGCACUAUCCAAUCAGCGAGUACUAUAUUAGAAGAGUUAGAUUGCAGCAAGGCUCGCCACUGCUCAAGCCCCUACAAGAGGCCGGCUACAAGGUGGAGCCAGCCGUGGAGAACAAGUACAACAUGGUCGUGGAGAUACCGAUUCACGCGGGCAAGGGCAUCAGGAAAUCAAAGUCGCUGACAAUGUGGGAGCAGCUGUCGCUGGCCUCCUUCCUCCAGAAGUAUUGGGCCGACAACCAAGUCAGUUGCACGGUGAGCUUCAACCCCAAGACAGAGGGCGUUCAACUGCCGCACGCACUGGACUACUUCCAGUAUCAGUUGAAGGGUGUCAGCUUCCUGCCUGUAUCAGAGGGCGAACAGACCUAUGCUCAGAUGCCUUAUGAAGAGAUCGACAAGGAGACCUACGAGCGCAUGUCGGCUAAUUUGCAAUCCGUCAGUUUCAGCAAGAAUGUGGCACCAGCCGAGCCUGUUCCCGACAAGUUCUGUGACUCCACCUCAUGCCAAACCAACCUAGCGCCAACCAACAACGAGCCCGAGAACCUUUCAUAA